AGAGAUGAAGUUCCUUGUGUGUUUCGUUUUGGGCUUGGCCCUUCCAUUGGCCCUUGGAAGCCAAAGUGCUGAAGAUGGAAACGCAGAGGGUGCUGAGGGUAGAUCUUUCUUUCCAUCGCCAUCGGUGUUCCCAGUACCUAAUGUCGUCCCGUACCCACCACCAUCACCGGACGUAUUCCCGGUACCUGAUGUAAAUGUCAUACCGUUCCCACCACGACCGGAUGUAUUCCCGGUACCUGAUGUGAAUGUCAUACCGUUCCCACCACGACCGGAUGUAUUCCCGGUACCUGAUGUGAAUGUCAUACCGUUCCCACCACGACCAGAUGUAUUCCCGGUACCUGAUGUGAAUGUCAUACCGUUCCCACCACGACCGGAUGUAUUCCCGGUACCCGAUGUGAAUGUCAUACCGUUCCCACCACGACCAGACGUGUAUCCGGUACCCAACCGUAAGUUUCAUCCUCAUGAAAUAUCAAAAUUAUUUUAA